UAAAAAGCCUUGUUUCAGGUUCUCUGUGGGUGUUGAGUCAUGUUAUAUCCCAGUUCAGAGAAAUGUCUGCACCUUCUCUGGGGCUGUUGGUUGGCCUCUGUCUGCCUGAUUCUACUGAUGGUCCUAGUCAUGUGAUCCUGGGGCGCUGCCACUGUGUUGCGCAGGAUAAAGAUGGUCUGCCUGCCCUCUCCAGUCAUGGCUUAUCCACACCCAAGUGGGUGGAGUCUUGGAGGAGGGUGAGAGGGUGUUUUCCGGGAGGGUGUGAUGUGUGUGGGGUGUGGGUGUGUGUCAAGGGAGGAGAAAAGGAGAUCAUCACGGAGCUUGUGAAAACGACGGACCUGCUGGAGGUGGUGGGGGAGAAACCUCUCGUUAUUGUCCAAUCAGAGAGGUUGUCGGGGUACCGGCUGGGGGAACUGGGGUCCCUGGAGGAAGUGGGUGUGGCCCCAGUGGUGGAUUACCUCACCACUAACACGUGUCUCCUCCGAGUGCCUUCCUCUCUCCCAGCAAUUGCUGAUCCUCGGCAGACAACCCAAGACCAGCUCCUUGGACAAUUACCAAGCAAUGUUCCAGCCUUCCUCCUUCCCUCCCUCUCUUUCCUCCUCCCUCAUCCCUCUCACAACAUCAAAUAUUCUCACCAAACUCUCCGCGAUGUCCUCCAGUCUUCCUCUGUUGGUCAGGACCCAUUCCUAAGAGUGGAGUUACUGGAAGUCCCUGAGGAAUGUGCCAAUCCUCUUACUCUCUCGAUCUCUAGCCCUCUGACUGGCUCGCAGGCGGAGCUACACAUACCAAUUGAUAACCUGACCCUCCUGCACCUUGACUUCCCCCUGGAGGAAGUGGGUGUGGUCUUGUGGACAGCUGUAAAGAAGCAGUUUGAAGCCGUGACAACUGCCAUGCUGUGGAAGCCCGACUGUCUGCACAAUGUGGCAAUCCACCACUUCCCUCCCUCCUCCCCCCACCUCUGUCCCCUCUCCGUUCCCUACCCCCACAGCUCCGUGGCGCAGCCUGACCAUCUUCUGGAUGACACUGCACUGGCUGCUGUUCGCAGAGACUGGCACGCGGCUCUAGCAUUCUCCUCUGGCCUCCCAAGACUAAGACUCACAAACACACACUGUUUCUCCCCUCCCCGUGUCCUCGGCCCACAGCUCUUCUCUCCACAUUCCACACUCUCAUAUUCCCCUCAAGGAACAGUUGCUAUGGUGACAGGCCAGUAUACCUACUACCACUACCAACAGGACAACUUCAAUGACUCAGGAUGGGGAUGUGCGUACAGAUCUCUGCAGACCCUCUGGUCUUGGUUCAACUUGCAAGGCUUCACCACUGAGACUCCGCCCACCCACCGUCAGAUACAAGAGGCUCUUGUCGCUACGGGAGACAAGCCAGCUAAGUUUGUGGGCAGCAGGGAGUGGAUCGGUUCGUUUGAAGUCAGCACAGCUCUCAACCACCUCCUUGGGGUAACACUAUUCCGUGGAGCACUCCACUCCAGGAUUUACUCCACUAUAUAUAGGUGGAGUGUAGAAUCCACUAUGUGAGCAGUGGGAGUGAGAUGAGUGGGGUGGGCAGACUGCUCCUCCAUCACUUCACCAACGAGAUGACUCCUGUCAUGAUUGGCGGUGGAGUCCUUGCCCACACCAUCCUGGGAGUUGACUACAAUACCAGUACUGGGAACAUCAGGUAACCCCUCCCCUCAUCCAGUCCCAUACCCAUUCCAGUCUGGUCAGGUUCCUGAUCCUGGAUCCACACUACACUGGCCGUGAGGACCUCAAGACCAUUCACAACAAGGGUUGGUGUGGUUGGAAGCCAGUAAGCUUCUGGGACAAGAAGGUACAUCAUUAUUGUACACAAGACUCAACUACCCAUUGAAUGAUGCUUACUGCAGGCCCA